AUGUCUUCUUCCGGUGCCAACGACGGCGAGAAGACGGUGACACUGAGAGCCAACGACGGCGAGGAGUUCGCGGUGGCGGAGUCCGUGGUAGCGCUGUCACACACUAUCAAGUUCGUCCUGGAGGAUUCCACCAUGGGCGAAACCUCUGUCAUCCCAUUAUUCAAAGUCGACGGAAAGACGCUCGCGAAGAUUCUCGAGUACUGCAAAAUGCAUACCGCCACUGAAAAAACCAAUGCCGAGAAGGAGGAGUUUGACCAGAAGUUCGUGGAGGUGGACCAGACGGAGCUUUACGCUCUUCUCAUUGCAACGAACUAUCUGGGGAUAAGCGAGCUACAGGAGAAGCUGGUCCGUAGAGUUGCGGACAUGAUCAAAGGUAAAAAUCCCGAGGAGAUCAGAAACACAUUCAACAUCAAGAAUGACUUGUCGCCAGAGGAAGAGGAGGAGAUCAAACAUGAGAAUCCUUGGGUGUUUUGA